CACUUUCCCUACAGUAGUGACGUCACGGCAACGACAUAACCUCUGAACGCCGCCUCAGUGAAGAAAAAGGAGUGAAAGAAGCAAAACAGGAAGGAAUUUAGAUAACCGAACAACAAGCGCAUCUGCCGUGCAUGAGUCCGUGGGGAAACGAAAAAUGUUCGGUUCCAAAUUGCGAUCAUGGAUGGAAAAUCAUAUUGUGCGACCGAGAAAAAAGGGAAACAAAAAUAAAACCGGAAACAGUGGCAAUAACUACGGUGUCCUGACGGCACAAAAUGGCUACAAGAGUGGAACAUUCACGGGCGAUUCGACCAUCGGUAGUCCUGCAAGACGCAGCGAGGUCUCACCAAUUCAGAAUCAUACAACCAGCCGGCGCGGUUGGCAUUCGCCGAACCAGGACAAUGUGCCGAUUUCACCGAAAUCCGAUCACUUCCCCAUCCAGCACCGGAUCGCCAACAGUGGCCAGCAGCCGAACGGUGGAGGCGCCCAGUACUGGAUGAGCACGUGCGCGAACGGAGCAACGCAGUCGUCGAACAGCCAGCAGCAGCACCACGCGUUUUCGUCGCCCAAAAGCAUCUCGCGCAACGGAUCGUCGUACACGCUCGAGUCUGGCCGUCCGCCCGCCAACGUGUACUACUCCAAGAGCGUCGACUCGUUCGCCGACGGUGGGCCAAUGCCCUACGGCAUGCCGGACUUUGACUUCCACUCCGCCAGCACCGGCCCCUCGAGCGUCAUGACCGGCGCGAGCUCCACCGUCGGCCACCAGAGCCACGGCCACCUGGCGGUGAACGGCACCGGCCACGGCAACUACUCGCCCGCGACCAGCUCCAGCAACGAGCUGCUCGAGGACCUGCACUCGCUCGACGCCAGCCACCAUCGCAUCAAGCGCCUCCAUCCGGCCACGGCCCGCAUCAGCUCGUCCUCGUCGUCAUCCGUCGCCUCGGGCAACCAUUCCAACCAACACCACCAUCAAUAUCAUCAUGGCAACAAUAACUUCGCCGCCACCACCGCCGGCAAUAAUAACAAUAAUCACAUGCUCAACGGUGCGCUCGCCCACUAUCACCAACACCAACAACACCACCACCCAAAGCCGCCCUCGAAUGGGGAAAGCAAACAUGGCAAAGUUUUGCACCAGCCACAAUAUGGCGGAGGUCCGUACUACGACCAACAUCAUCAACAACAGCAGCAGCAGCACAACCACCUGCAACACAAUGGCAUCAACAAUAACCCGGUGUACCCGAUACCACCCAACAGCCCACCGGUUCCAGCAGCGGUGACUUCCGUUAAUGGCUGCUCCGGUGCAGCUGGCGGAAGUAAACCGACCGCCUCGCCCCUCACCCCCCGUAAUCGCAUUAUCAAUGGCAAUAACAAUAACAAUAACAAUAACGUCCACUUUGACGUGGCGGGCAAGGGGGCCGGUGGCACCGGCACCGGAAGCUCGCUGACUUCCACCUUCGCCAGCAAGUUCCACAAACUGACGGGCGCCCGCUCCGACGGUGGCAGUAAAUUGAAUCAUGUAAAUAACAACAACACCAACAGCAGCAGCAGCAGCGGCAACUCUACGACCGCCCACCCCCCACCGCCACCGCCCGGCAACACCGCCAACGGACCCUCCUAUCAGCAUCCGCAUCAGCCAAACCAAAUCAAUAACGUCACGACACAUCUGCAUCCACCGGCCCCGGCACCCCCGGUGUCGUCCUCCCCGUCGCCACCGCAACCACCCACCGCCGCCGGGGCCGGUGCGCACCAUCUGCUGCACCAUCCAUCAGCGACGCACCAUCACCACCACCCGCACGGGACGGCGCACCCGAUGGGUCACACACUGUCGUCGCCGGAGAGUGCUUACUCGACCGGAUACUCCACCGACGGCACGUCGCCCGGUGGAUGUUCCUACACGCCCGAGUACUACAUCAACAUCCGCACGGGGACGCACUACUUCCCGAAGGGCACGACGCUGCCGGGAGCGCUGCACGGCCGGGCCGUCGAUCGCACCGGGACGGGACCGGCGGCGAACCACGGCGACGCCAAAUUCAAAUGUGCACUUAAUCGGAUCGAGGAAAAACAUGUGGAGUUCUGUGUCGACGCGGACAAGCACGUGUCUGCCCCACGAACGAACAAUGGGAUCCCGUCGGUGGCUUCAGCUUCCAGUGCAACGCCGGCGGCGGCGACGACGACGACCCACCUGUCAAGCUUUAAGCCGGCGGCCGGAGCGGGCGCGUUAUCGCAACCCCAGCAGCCAUCGUCAACGGCGGUCGCAACCUCCCAGCCGCCAAAUGCAGUCGCGAUGAGUCCCGUUAUGCAGAAGAAUCUCGGCAUGCAGCACUACCGGAGCAUUGAGUCACCAUCGCCUCGGCAGAGAUGUCGCAUUCGUACGAACCCGUGGUUAACAACGGCCGACGGAGUCCUCGCUAGCAAUUGCCUAAAGCGCACGGAGCAAGAUUCGGGAUCGACCUCGUCCGGCAUCAAAUCGAGCAGCGGAACGGACGACAAUAAGAACGACAACACGAAACCCAACGCUCUCUCCGACACGGACUCGAGCUCGUCGACGGAGAAGAUCGUUAAUAAGAAAAUACUCACCCCAAGGAGUCUGAAGAAAGCGUGUGACAUUGCGCGACUGGACAGCAAGUCAGCUCCGGUGACGAUCGGUUCGAACCAGGACAGCGAUGAGGACGCGACGCUCAACGAGAUGAUGGGCAAGUUCGACGAAAGCUACCACUACGAGAAGGAGACCGAUAUUCUAAGCUGCAGUGAUUCCGAUCCGACCGAUUGCCCAACGGACAUCGACACGGGCCAAGAUGCGGGCGACGAGUGCGAUACGGACGAUCUGCUCGAUCUGGACUUCAUCGAUACCGGUUCGGUGCAGGAGGUACCGGACAAGGAGAUCUACCGGCACACGGCCAGCUGCUCGAUCCACCAGUUCCCGGAGCGGAUACCUUCGUGCAAGCAGCGUUCGAUGCGCACCAAGCGAAGUAACGAAAACGGUGGAGGAUCAAGGCGUCGGAAGAAGCUGGUCCGUACGCGAAAGAAACCGGCGGAUGUUUCGACAAUGGGAGCGGGAUCAGGAGCGGACUCGUCGACGGUUGCUGGCGGUCGGGGUUGCCGAAGUCUGGGCGGAACACCCGUCUCCUUGCGGCGCAAUCAACCGGACUCCGAUCAGCGCACGCCGGCCAAAGGCUCGCCACUCACGAACCGCUGCAACUCGCUCACCUUCACCGAGGUCCACACGCUGCACAGUCGCAUUCUGGCGAUUUCCGAAAGCGAGAAGGCACUGCUGAAGGCGGACCUCGAAGCGGACGUGAAGUACAAGCAGUUGAUCCACGAGGCCGAAUCGAUCCUUUUCUCGAUGAAAAGCAACAGCUCGAUAUGCAUCAAGGAGCUGACGGGUGGACCGCCACCGCUGCCACCCCGAGAGCCCCAGCCCCAACCACCACCACUUCCUCCUCCCUCGAAGGACGCGACCACCAUCGCGAGUCCGCGGCGUGUCUGCAAUCCUCCCGCGAACAAACGCGUCGAGAUGCUGCGCAACUGCGAGGCCGACCUGAGGCGCGAGCUGGCGAAAACGUGCUCACAAAAGUGUCCCGAGCUGGCCGACCUGAACCCGGCCGAGGGCGUCAUCGUGAACAAGCGGUUGGAGGUGCUGCGCUACGAGACCUCCUGCUCCCUGUCGGCUCCCAACAGUCCGAAGAACACGCGAGUCCUACUCCCACGGAAGACACACGUGUCCAACUUCAUGUCCCACCACCAGUCCCGGCCCGGACGUGAUCCCUCGGCGCCGGAAUCCGCCGCUGCCGACCUCAAGCAAAGUGCCAACCGUGCGUCCCCUCCACCGCCACCGCCCCGACUGGUUUCCAAGUCGCCGACCAUCAUGCGGCGACGGUUCCGAAGCCAAAGCCCUCAUCUCAACAUCGAGUCCGACUCCGACUCCGACGACGUGAGUCGCAAUCUGGACUGCAAGAGCAACGGCAAGCAGCAUCGCAGCGGCGGUGGUGGUGGAAGCGGAAAUAAGGAAAACCUUGCCAAACACGCACAAGCGUCGUCGAUGCGCACACAACAAACUCCACCACCGCCUCCGCCACGCCGGGAAGUGGCUGGCAAGCAGAUGAACAACUUCCGGCACACCAUUCACGGCCCGUCGGCGCCAACCGUCAACGGGGAGGAUGCAAUCAAUGGGCACGAAGGAGGACCGCCCCAGCAUCUACCGUUGGCGUUGAACGGUCACGGAGGAAUGCACAAAUCACCGCUGAUAUCGUUCCGUUCGGUGGACAUCGGAUCGCCAGUCACCGACGACAGCUACUGUCCGCAAAGUGAACCCCUCAAGCGGAAGAUCUACACGUGCAGCUCCGCGUUCGAGAAAAUUCAACGCAGUCUCGAUCACGAUGCCGACGCCAAGCAGCAGCUCAUCAUGGAUACGCUGGCAGAAAUAAAGCGCAGUCUCGAAGACCAAAGCGUUGAACUGAACGAGCUGAACGAUUCUGACAACUGA